UUAAUGUUAUUUUGACUAUUACUGAUUUAUUCAAAAAAUUUGUUUUUCUCAAACUGUAACUCACCAUUAAUAAUCUGUUCUGCACUUCUUUUUCUUAUCUAUUUAAAUAAUAGCUUUUAUAUAGAUGAUAGAAUUUAAUUGUAAAAUUAAAACUGAUUCUUAAUUUUCAAUCCAUAGUAUUGAGUCAGUGUAUAAUUUAAUAAACUGUGGCAACAUGCGAUUUUUUAAGUAUACUGAAUUAACUAGUGCUACAACUCAGUACAGUUAUCGUAUGAAGAUGCUUAGUAAUAGAAUAUUUGGUGAGGUUGUUCGUCCAACUAAUGAAAAGUCAAUGAAGGUGGUUAAAAUGUUUAGUGAAGAGCCAUUGUAUAAAAAAGAAAACAUAAUCAAUUAUUAUCCUCGUCAUGUAGAAACUGGGCUUUUAAUAAAAAACCUUCGAAGAUAUGGUCUAUUUAGGGACGAACAUCAAGAUUUCAUAGAUGAAAUGAAAAGAUUAAAAGCACUUAGAGGAAAAGUUUUUGUGAAAGGAGAAAAAAAGAGAAAAACAAAGAGUAUUUUAUAAAUUUAUAUUUAUUAAUAAUGUAUUUUGAGCUUUGUUAAUUCUUAUGUAGAACAAUAAAAAUAAUUUAUAUUACAUAAAAUAA